GGUCCCUGCCCUGGUACCGGCCCUGUCAGCCCUCAGCGUGAGGGGCGGCUCUGGGCCGGCUCUGCGGCCGAGGCGGUGACAGAGUCAAUCUUCGCGGCGCUGGCGUGCGGGUGUAACAGGGAGGCUGCCCCAGCCCCUGCCAAGUGCCAUGCCCCUGCGGUCAGAGCCGGGGCUUCAACAUCGGCCUCAUCCGAGGCGCCCGCAGCCGAAAGCGGCAGAGCCCCAGUGUGCCUGCCCCGGUGCGCGGCUCCGGAAUUGGUCCUGGCACCAUGGCAGAGGCUGCGGGGAGUCCCCUGUCCCAACCCACAGUGAGGAGGAAAAAAAGCAUAUCUAUCGAGGAGAAAAUUGACAUCAUAAGCGCGGUGGAGAGUGGCGAGAAGAAGGCAGACAUUGCAGCCAAGUAUGGCAUAAAGAAGAACUCCUUGUCUUCAAUCAUGAAGAAUAAAGAAAAAGUUUUGGAAGCCUUUGAAUCUUUACGAUUUGAUCCUAAAAGGAAAAGGCUAAGGACUGCUUUUUACACCGACCUGGAGGAGGCAUUGGUGAAGUGGUACAGAAUUGCUCAGUGCCUGAAUGUGCCUGUAAACGGUCCGAUGUUGCGCCUCAAGGCUAAUGAUUUUGCCCAGAAGCUCGGACAUAGUGAUUUUAAAUGCAGUAAUGGCUGGCUCGAUCGUUUUAAGUCAAGGUAUGGUUUAGUUUUCAGAGCUCAGCCUGUAGAAGCAGCCGCUGCUACUAGCAUAGAUGCUCCAACUCUUUGGUACCAAAAUGUGCUUCCUCAUUAUUUAAAUGAAUAUCAGCCAAAAAACGUGUUUUACAUACAGGAGACUGGAUUGUUAUAUCAGAUGUUACCACAUAACACAUUUGCAUUUAAAGGGGAAACUUGUUCUGUAGGCGAACUAAGCAAAGAGAGAAUAACUGUAGUGGUGGGUACAAAUAUGGAUGGCUCCGAGAAACUUCCUUUGCUUGUUAUAGGAAAAAACAGAAGUCCACGCUUUCUCAAAGAUGUGGAGUCGCUACCUGUGGAUUACGUAGGAAAUGAUAUGGCAUGGAUGACUUCAGAAGUGUUUGAACAGUGGAUGCACAAACUCGAUGACAAAUUUCAAGCACAGCAGCAACAAGUGGUUAUUCUUGUUGAUUCUCUCCCAGCUCACACAGAAGUAAAGAACCUGAAGUCUGUCAAAUUAGUGUUUUUUCCUCCAGACGCUUCUUCAUGUAUAACUGUGAAACAAAGGGUUAUCAGAAGUCUGAAGGUUAAAUACAGGCACUGCCUUAUCAAGAGAUUUAUUGACUGUGUAGAAGGUAAUGAAGAGUUUAUGCUGCCUCUUCGUGAUGCGAUUGAGAUGUUGUACCUGUGCUGGAGGGAAGUAACACCAGAGACCAUUGUAAAAAGUCAUAAAGAAGCAGGAUUCAAAUUAGAAACCAAGGCAAAUGCUAAUGACACAGAGGCCGAAAGUGAUUUUAAUUUGCUAGCACAUGCACAGGCAGCUGGAGUGGAGUUUCCAGAAGGUUUAUCUUUGGAGGAAUAUGCAGCUGUAGAUGAUGGCUUGGUCACUUAUGAAAUGCCCACAAAUAACGAAGGGGUGUGUGACAAAGAAAGCGCAUCAGAUAAAGCUGGGACAUUUGUUGGUGAUGAAGAUGAGGAUGAAGGUGACCGAUUUCAGGGAGCUGGACAGCCUUUACCAUCAAAAUCUGAGGCUUUGAAUGCUUUAGAUACCCUUCGAAAGUUUCUCAGAAGUCAAGACACAGAUGAUUCUCUUCACGAUUCCCUAGCUGACCUGGAGAAUUUUAUUCAACAUGUAGUAUGUAAAUAAAUAUUUUAGCGAAGUGUGAAAGCAUGUAAUUGGGGGGAAAAAAGGGAAUUAUAUAAAGAAUUAUAUAAACAUAGAAAUAUAUAUAUCAUGUAUAAAAAGGAAUCAUAUAAGUAAACACAAAUAGGCAGUUUAAUAACAAGUGUUGCUGCCAUGUUCUCUAGUGUGCCUUGCUCAGGUGCCCAUAUGCCCAUAAUGAAAUAAACUUGAAAUUAAGAAAAAGGGCUGUGAACUGGAGUUUUCCACAAAAUCAGGAGGAAAAAACACAAAAUUUGGGGUGGGGAGAGGAACUGAGUUGAACCUUUAAAAUGAUAACUAUAGUAAGUACAGUGGAGGCAAAAGCAGUUCUUUGAGCAGUUCGGUGCACUUGGGAUGAACCAGUGCCCACUUGGAAUUCUUUCUUCAGGAAGAGAUUUAACACUUCACAGUGAUAGUAUCACUGGUGUCUUUGGUCUUGUUGACAGUAGAACAGUAAGCAUUUAUCUGCUUGGUGCUUUUGAUACUUACACAAUAAAUGGAGUAACACAGAAAAUCCAUGCUGAAGUUCUGAGAACUAAGGGUGGUUUAAAAUAAUUUUUUUUUGUCCUUGUUCAAGAAUUCUGGUCAUGGUUUAUUCUUGCAGCAGAUGAUAAACAGCAGAAAGUUAGCAGUUUGGGAUGGGUGUUGUUUUCUUAAAGCUGCUCAUGUGUGUAUACACGGGAAUGGCAUAAUCAUUUAUCUGAGAGUCAAAAGACAAACAAACCUUUACUUGCUCUUUGAAGAGGUCAAAAGGGAAGGUCAUUCUCUCCCCUUCAGCCUCUCUGGUAUUUGGAUUUGAUGUAGGUCCUUCUGUGCAACUCCAUGUAUUUCUACAGUAAAUACAGAACAAAACCAGCUAAUGCAGUAUCUGCACUCAAACCCUUACCAGCUCUUGUUUUAUUUACUAUACUUGAUGGUUUUGCUCUAGGAUUCAAUGCACCGAUGUGGUUUAGUAUUAUAAGUGCCACGAGCAGGAGUGCUGUUUGCAUGAAUGCAGUGUUGAGUAAAUCACAGUACAUUUACACGUCUUCAAGUAUGCAUUUCAAGCAAUGUGAUUAUACCAGAGCCAAAAAUCUCAAUUUAUAUGAGACAUACUGCUCCUGACUUUUUUCAAAACCCAUUUUAAAUAUUUUCCAUAUCUAUCACUUCUAAUUUUUUCAAAAGUUAGAGAUAAUUCUUCUAAUUUAGAGGAAGAAGAAAAUAUUUUGUGGAAGCCCUUUAGGAAACCUGGGUAAUAAAGAAUCUAUUAUGGUGCCUAUAAGCCGUGAGAAACAAUCUCUUGCUUAUUUGAAUCUUCAGUUUUCAAUAAAUAGUUUGGCUAAAGUUUUGUUGACUGCUCUUUCUGGUGGAGGACAGUUUAUCCAUUUGUAAAAGCAUUUCAGAAAAUGAAUCAAAUUGUUGGAAGACUGUGAAAAUAUGGGGGGGAUGCACUCAUGAGAAAAUGCCUAUGGCUAAACUGUAUGAAUGUUUUACUAGAACCCCUAUAAAAAAAACCCUCUUGUUAUGAAAUGUCUGAUGUGAAUUCCAUCCAAAGGAUAUUCUGAUAAAAUAAGAAAUUUCUGUUGAAAUUCCAGUAAAUAAAGUCCCACCCAGAGAUUUA